AGUAGAGAACGUCGUCGUCGAGACGAGGAGUGGACGACGUUAUAAGCCGCCUCCGAAAAUCGUGCGACGUCUCUGUUUUCUCGACUGCGCGUGCAGCCUGCAGUUCGUUUCGUUCGUGUUUAUUUUAAAAGCCUCUCUCCGCUAACUCGCACUCGGGAUCCGGUGCCAAAGCAUCAUCGGCGUUACGCGCGUGUAAACAUUUCUCGUAUACCGCUCGCGCGAAGUCGAGAAUCGAAGAGCAGCCGAAAGCGAGCGACCUGCGUGCAGUGCACGAAAGAGUGUGAGCGAAAUAACAAGUGCAUCCGUUGUGUCCGGCUACACCACCGGCGUAUACAUAUAUACAUGUAUAGAGGAGUGGCCGUGGGAAUUUUAGUGUGUGAAAAAUGUCAGUGCCGGGGCCGGUGGGGCAGUCGCGAGCCACCACUGCCGAUUGACGAAUAAUCGUCGUCGUCGUCGUCGUCUUCGCCCAACGUCAAGUUUGUGUUGUGCGCGAGAGUGAGUGUGCACCAGAGGAAUUUUUCGUUUAUAUACACCGCACCGCUGCUGCCGACACAGAACAACAACGACGACGACCAGCAACAGCAGCAGCAGCAUCGACAUGCCAUGCGGAUAAUAAGCUCGAAAUGCCUGCACCGCCACUGCUACAAACGUACGGAAUCGCUCGGAUGGAUUCGAAAAAUCUCAUGGGGGCAUUAUGCAAACCGAAUACUCGCCACCCCGAGCUAUCGCGGAGCGAUUAGUUGGAUCGUCUGAAUUGGAUCGAGUAGUGGUAACGAAGAGGAAAACAGAGUCGCCACCGUCUUACUUGGGGCGAGCAACAUCGCGAUUUUUACCACCAUCGUUGAAAAAGCAAACGCCCACGAUACGAUUAGAGCAGCAGCGGCAUUCACCUUACCCGGUUGAAUCGCAGCAGCCCGCCGAGAACAUGGCAGUUAAGCAAGAGCCGCGAGAGGACGGUAGUGGUGGAGAUGCCGAGCAGCAACAGCCACAACAGCAGCAGCUACAGCAGCUACAACAGCCGCCCGUUUUCGAGACAACACCAAAUGAAAUCAAGGUCGAGUUGGAACCUCAACGGCCCGAGACUACGACGAGAGUCAAAAACGAGAUCGACAGCAGUAGUAGCGGAAAUCAGCCACACGAAGAGCUGACUACGACGACUACGAGCAAUAGCUCCGAUUUAAGCGAUAAUAGACCGCAAGCACAUGUGUCUGAACAGCAUAACGAAAGCAGGAGACCUGCCGCAAGUCGAGGCCGAAGAAAGUCUCGUUUCGUUCUCAAGUUUCAUCAUCAAGCCCUGCCCCAAGAGUAUCUUGAUCAUUACGAAGCCACCCAGGCGGCGCAGGAAGCGGCUGCUCUGCUGGCCGCGAGCUCCUCGCCCAGUACACCUUCGAGCUCCGCGACUAGUCCCACGAACAUGGCGAACUUUCCCUUCGCGGCUGGCCUGGGUCGGCCGCGAAUCGACGAGCACUUGGCCCUGAAACAAUUCGCGGCCAUGCAAGAGGCUUACAGUAGUAUCAAUAGCAAUCAAGUCCCUUCGCCGACGACUAUUGUGGGUCAGCAGCAGCAGCGAGUAUCGCCUCCGAGACGAUCGGUCAUAAGCUCGGUUACUACCGUUCAUCGUCCUGCCACGCCCAGAUACAGUACAAGCCAACAACGGCAGCCUCAGCAGCAUCCACAACCGAGACCACCGAUGAGAUACGCGGAUCUGCCCUACAUGGGAGAGAUCACGCUGGAGAACAGCAAGCCUAGGCGUGGCCGAAAGCCCAAAAAAGCCGACAUCUGCCAUCUGAUCUACAAGAAUUACGGGCAGAUCGUGCCGGGCACUCCAGGUCUCGUCGGAGGACAGCAGCAGCAGCAACAGCAGCAACAACAGCUGGAGCCCAAGCUGCAGGAUCCAGUCUAUCAGCGCACCGACGUGCAGAACCGCAUCAGUAGUCUACUGGAGAAACGUCUGACGCAGGAGCAACGCCAAGCCGCAGCUCAGAAACUGCGUCAACAGCAGCUGCAGCUUCAGUUGCUGCUGCAGCAGAGCGAACCGCUGAAUCUGUGCUUGCGCGACGUGGAGGAUGCCUCCGUCGAGGUUCCUAGCGACGAGGAAGAGGAUGAACCGUCGACACCGGGAAUCGUGGUUGGCGAGUCGAGUAGCAGCAGCGCUGGUGGCGACGAGCCGACGAUACAGCUGCCCUGGGCCACCCGCAACAACCACCAUAACAACAACAAUAGCGUAAACAACAAUAACGACGGCCAAUUCGUCCAUCCUGAAACGGUAGCCGCCCUCCAAUCCUUCUAUCAGCAUCAACAACAGCAACAACAACAGCGACUGCUGUUGGAACAGCGAAUGAAACUGAAACGCGCAGCGGCACCGACCAUUUUACAGCCGCAAGCUCAGUCCACCCCCGCCGCCGUCGCCGCCGUCGCCGCGAUGCAGAUGCACGUGCAGCCACCGCCGGCCAAGCGAAAGCGAUCGGCGAUCUUCAUACCGCCGGUGCCGCCGGAGAACAACAACAAUCCCGCCACGGAGGUCAGCAUAUGCAAGUUCAAGUUCACCGGGGGCGACAAGCCGAGCUUGCAGGAGAAGAAGAGCUUGUCCGUGGACUCGGGUGGCAAUUUUAGAUAUUACAGCGGUACCGGAGAUAAAAGCAUGCGAGGGUACGAGUUCUUUCCGAGGGAGAGUCUCCAGCAGGUUCCAGGAGGACCGACUCCGGCGCUGUUGAAGGGUACCAAUACCUCUCCCAUCGGCACCGGCGGUAUCACGGAACGUCGAAUCGUCUCGGCGCCCUCGAGCCCUCAGGACGAGGUGGCGGCGCAUCGAAACAAGCGCAAAACUCGCAAGAGCUUGCAGCGCGAAAAGCUCGAGCAAACGUUCAAGGAGAAAGGCUUCCUCAUACAGACGCAGCAGCGCGACGCCGCGGAGGGCUCGACCUUCUGCAAGUUCCGCCGACUGCGCAAGUUCACGCGCUACCUCUACCGCAGCUGGAAGGAUCAUUUGCCGGACGACGUGCGGGAGCUUUCGGCCGAACAGGCUCGAGUGGCUGCCGCAGCCGCCGCCGCCGCCGCCGCCGCUAUGGCGAGCAACGACAAUAUCAACGAUCAGAUGGUCGUGGAUCGUAUGCCUCGCCAAGUCGAGCAGCCGUCGGCAGCUAUGUAAUGUGACCGAGUGUGUGUGAGUGUAUAGGGCAUUUAAUGAACUAGAGAAACUAUUAUCGAGCGAGUGUGCCAGACACGUCUCAAAGUUUCUGCGUUGAUUGUUAUUUAUUUUAUUAAAUUUUUUGUUUGUUUUUAUACUUUGUGGUGCUCGUUCGAGACAAUCGACUCCGCCCAUUAAAAGCAACCUUAUAAUACGUCCUUAAUAAAGAGAGUGAGUGAGCAAUUAUUUCUCAUCUUCAUCUUCUUAAAACGUGUAAAUAUACAAC